GAGAGGGUCGAGAGUGCAACUUGUAGCUCUGUGUAUGUAUGUACAUGCAUAAUACUUAAUAGGAGCUCUGGCGGUAUUCACGAGUCUCACGGCUUUCACGGCUCUAGGGCUCCCGAGUCCCGGUAGUUCUGCCAGUCCCGACAGUCUCGACAGUCCCAGCAGCCGAAAAUCCUGGCCGACAGCCCCGGCCAGAGGUCAGUCCCUAUUACACAUGGUUAGUUAUAUUGCUUCGACAAGUCAAGUUGGUCAAAUUUUACCACAGUCAUUCUCCUAUCUAUUCUCCACCCAGCAGUUAACAACAAACGAAACCAAACUAUACCGCCAACUGCUAUUCAACAAUAGGUAUUCCAAGUCGACGUGAAAAAGAGAAUUUAAUGGAAAAAUCCUCGCUGAGGGUGUGCGAUAUGGAUCAGCCCGAAUAGAGCAACAGAGAGGGUAAAAAAGAUAUCGAGUACGGUGAAAUAUCAGGGUAGAAAUCGAAUCGAGGUGGAGGAAAAAUGUGGCCAAAGAAUGUUGGUAUAAUUGCCCUAGAGUUGUACUUCCCGUCGCAGUACGUGGAGCAGAGCUCCCUAGAGAGGUUCGACGGGGUAUCCCCGGGUAAAUACACAAUUGGCCUCGGUCAGUCGAGAAUGGGCUUCUGUAACGAUCGGGAGGACGUAAACUCUCUGUGUCUGACAGUCACCCAUCGCCUCCUGGAGCAUUACAACCUCCAUCCGAAAGAGAUUGGUCAUUUGGAAGUGGGUACUGAGACAAUCCUCGACAAGUCCAAGUCCGUAAAGUCUAUUCUAAUGCAACUAUUCGAACCGGCGGGAGUUACCGACGUCGAGGGUGUCGACACAAGUAAUGCCUGCUACGGGGGAACAGCUGCCCUUUUUAACGCCAUAUCGUGGGUAGAGAGCAGCGCUUGGGACGGUAGAUUAGCACUCGUGGUAGCCGCUGACAAUGCUGUAUACGCCAAAGGGUCCGCAAGACCGACCGGUGGUGCUGGUGCUAUCGCCAUCCUCAUCGGUCCUGACGCUCCACUCGUCUUCGAUCGUGGCCUCAGGACCUCCUACAUGCGACACGCCUAUGACUUUUACAAGCCCGAUCUCCGCUCUGAGUAUCCCGUCGUUGAUGGCAAACUCUCAAUUCAGUGCUACCUCAGUGCACUCGAUCACUGUUACCAAAAUUAUUGCCACAAGUACCACACAAAAAUUGGCCUCCAGGUGACCCUCAACGACUUUGACGCCGUCAUCUUUCACUCUCCCUAUUGCAAACUCGUUCAGAAGAGCUUUGCCAGGCUGGCCUUCAUGGAUUUUCUUCGACUGAGAAGAGAGGAGGUUGCAGAUAAGCUGCCAGCCCUCGUGAAAUUGCACAGUCUUUGCCCCGAGGAGACGUACUUUGAUCGUCACGUCGAAAAGACUUUCAUGGAGAGAAGCCUAAGAGACUUCGAGGAGAAAACCAAGCCCAGUUUAUUCAUAGCUAAUUUAGUUGGCAACAUGUACACACCAAGUGUUUACUCUGGACUGGUCUCAUUGCUGAUCAGCAAGGGGCCGGAGGAGCUCGCGGGGAUGCGGGUAGCAGUGUUCUCCUAUGGCUCCGGUCUUGCCUCCAGUAUGUACUCCAUCAGUAUCAGAAAGGACGCCCAGGAGGGGCUUAUGAGGAUCCUUCAAGGCCUCAGUGGUGUCAGAGGUGAGCUCGAGGGCAGACGGUGUGUUGAACCUGAAGAGUACACCAGAAUCCUGGAACUCAGGGAGAAAAAUUGUCACACUGUGCCCUAUCAACCAGAGGGAAGCAUUGAUGGAAUGUUCCCUGGCAGCUACUACUUGGUUGGGGUUGACGACAUGCACAGAAGAACCUAUCAGAGAGUACCGUUUGACCAAUGAUCUCCAUCUCUCAUAUUGUCUCACGAAAACUUUUAUAUAAUUUAUUUAUAGUUGACAAUAUUAGCAAUAUGGCAAUUAGAAAAUCAAAUUUAUCCAAUGAAUCCAAUGACAUGAAACAUUUAUAUUUGACUUGUCGUUUGUUUAAUAUAUAUACAGCGAUACAGCGAUGUGCCUUCUACGUGGGUGUGAAUGCAUCCGACAAUAGUAGAAAUUCUGUAGUGCUCGAGUAACUGCCGACGAGAGUGACAGAGUAUUUUCAUGUUUAGAAUUUGUUUUAUAUCAAUUAAUAAGAGCUAUCGGAGGUUAAGGGAUUUUGUAAGAUAAUUCUCACUACUCAAGUAUUCAUUUGUUUUAUUCAAUCACCCGCAGUAUGUUCAAUAAAUUUUCUCUAAUAUAUACUGUU